AUGAUACACAUAUUAUCUACUGGCACUUUACCUUUUCAUUCUAAUAGUACACUCUUUUAUGAUACAAGGAUUAACUCUCCUUUUGCAGAAUGCAAUGCUUCUACAAUUGAAAGCGUUUUAGUAGAUGUUGGUGAACAAGCUUCAUAUCAAAUCGGGGGUAGCUCUUCAAAGUGUUUUGCUGUCCAAACAGUUUUCAUAUUCGGAGAAGGUCUCAAACUCGCAGCUUCUUUUUAUGAAAAUGGUGCAUAUGGAACCGCUGUCGAAUCUUCAAGCUUUGCUGGUGUAUCCAGUAAUUCAGAAAUUAAAACAGUUAAUUCCGAAGCGUCUCUUGCCCCUUCAAAGCCUACAGUAGUUAAACUUACAAAUAAAAAAUCCACAGAAACGACAGUUGUGUUCGUUGGAGCACUUCCUUCAUUAACCUUUGAAUCAGGUGAUAAAUUUAACAUGUACUAUUCCUCGUUCAGUAAACUUUCCUUCCAGACCUCGUAUAAAGAGGUAAGUGAAUCUAAUAAGGUCUAUGACAUAAUUUACGGUUUCGUUCCAAUCAAUGUUGGUGGUAAGAUGGACUUGAAAUGGAGUGGUUUGUCAAAAAAUGGAAUCAUAGCUUUAUCAACAUCAAAUGAUAAUGAAUCAACCACUUCAGAGGAAUCUUCAGGUGAGAAAUCAUUUUCUUCAAGUGUUGUUGUUACAAAUAAACAGAACCCUGGAGCAGAGCAAAAAGAUGGAGAUUACACAAUCAAAAUCUCUUCUAAAAUAAGCUACAAGAUUUCUGACCGUCCAAAAUAUGUUCCACAAGUAUUUGGUUCCAUUUCAAAUAAAAACCAAAUUUUCAAUUUCUGGACACUUACAGGCCCAAUUGAAAUUCCUAUUUGGGGCUUUAUUGCAGCUGCUGCCCUCAUCGUUUUCAUCCUUAUUCUUAUCAUUUGCCUCUGCAUUUGUUGCUGCUGCUGCAAGAAGAAGAAAUCGAAGAAAUCUUCUUCAUCUUAUUCAUCAUCUUCUUUCUAUUCAUCCUCAUCCUCUUAA